CCCCGCGUCCCAGCCUCAGCCCGUGUGCUCGCGUCGCUCAGCCGGCCGCUGGUGCGGAUCGGUUGGCCGGUCGGAUCAAAGAGACUAGAGGAGUAUGCGCAUCUAGUACCUUUGGGUCGGAUUGGGUAGGUGAAGUGGAAAUGGCUGCGGAGGCGGCUGCGCUGCCGGGCUGCGGCUGCAAAGGAAUCCGUUCGUGUCUGAGAUGUGAGCAGGCCAGAGGCCCAGUUGAUCUAUGUCCCAAGUUACAGCGGGUGAGUCAGUGAGUGUCUCUGUAAAGUGAGUAAAGGCCUCUGUGGAAAAUAAUACAAAUAAAUGGACGCGAUGCAACCUUCGAAGAAGCCUGAACCAUCAUCGGGAUUAAUGCAAACCAUGUAAAAGAAAGUACCACUUCACUUAUCAUUUGGAGUCAGGCUUAGCAGUUGCAGAUUACUCUACUUGUCUGACUGGUUGGGCUUUUCCAUUUCCUGGUGUAUUUUUAGCCGAAAAGUUUGUGAAUGAAGAGGAAGAAGCGGAGAUGGUAAACCUAAUGGAUAACAAUGAGUGGAAACUAUCCCAAUCUGGACGAAGGAAACAGGACUAUGGCCCAAAAGUGAACUUUAAAAAGCGCAAGUUGAAAGUGGGAUGCUUCAGUGGCCUACCGUGCAAUAGCCUCUCGCUCAUGGAUCGAAUGACACAAUGCAGUGUACUGAAAGACUUCCUUCCUGUAGAACAGUGUAACCUAGAUUACAGACCAGAACAUGGCUCUGGCAUUGAUCCACACUUUGAUGACUGGUGGCUCUGGGGCAAACGUUUGGUCAGCAUUAAUCUGCUGUCUGAAACCAAAUUAUCAAUGACUUGUGAUUCGGAGGAUUUGAUCCAGCUACACUUGACUGAAAUGGUGCCCAAUGCUCAGCAAUGUGAUCCCAUAAAUGGUAACUCGGAAAGCAUUUGUGAUUUCCAUGGAGAUACUUCAGAUCAUUGCAAAGGUCAAAGGUCUGUAUCUUACAAUGAUGUAGAGAUAGCAAUUCACAUGCCAAGGCGAUCUUUAAUUGUUUUGUAUGGAAAUGCACGAUAUAAAUGGAAACAUGGAAUUUAUAGACAGGAUAUCCAGUCAAGGCGAAUAUGCUGUACCUUUAGGGAGCUAUCAGAAGAGUUUGGCGAGGGAGGUAAACAAGAAGCAUUGGGGAAAGUACUUUUGGAUAUUGCAUUAAGCUUUAAAGGUGUUCCUGGAUAAUAACUGCUGAAGCAUCAAAAGGUAUUUAUUAUAAACCUAGCUCUGGGAUAUGUACAUAAAGGUUUGGCUUGUUAUUUUAUUCUA